UUAUGGGUAAAAAAAAAGAGUAAAAGGAAAUCUCUAAUAAAGACAUUAAUGACAUUUUUAAGCCUAUACAAAAACAAGAUAAGCAAAAGGUGAAAAAAUCUGAUUAAACUCCAAAUGAAUAAUAGAAUUAAGAGCAAAAAUAAAAAUAAUCAGAAAAAACUAAAAUAAAGCAAAAUCAAUAAGUCAAGAGAUCCCAAAAUUCUAUGUAAGAGUAAAGCAAAAAGAAAUACACAGAGGAAGGAUAUAAAGUAUAUAGUACUGAAGAAUUAAAAAUUGGAAAAGGAGGUAAUACUAAUUUAUGUCCUUUCGAUUGCGAAUGUUGUUUUUGA